AUGUUGGACAAGAAAGACAUUUGGAAUAGUCGGUACUAUACAAUUCCUAAAGUAUACAUGAUUAUAGUGGGAAUAUGGCCGUAUCAUAGACUUCGCAACAGAUGUAUACGUUUCGUGCCGAUGUUUACUUUCUGCUUUAGUAUUCUGAUACCUCAGUUAUUGUUCGUAUUAACCGCAAUGGAUCUCGAUGAUGUUUUCGACGGUUUGCCAUCCGCAUUGAUUAGCAUAAUAUUCAGCUAUAAAAUAGCGAACAUGAUGUUGAACAGCAAACAUAUAAGGUCUUGCAUUAAGAUGAUAGAAGAGGACUGGCUAUCAUUAAAUACAGAUGUGAAAAAGGCUAUUUUGGCACGUCACAGCGAAUAUGGACGGCAUCUGACAACAUUUUACGCAGUUUUCAUGAAUAUGACAGCAUUCUUUUAUUUGAUCAAACCAGUCAUUAUGACAUUAUUAGAAGACAAUACCGUGAACGUAACAAAGUCGUCCAUAUCAGGUGCAUCGAAAUUGCCAUUUAAAGUCGAGUAUGGCAAGAAAUUAAACCAGUAUUUCUAUCCAAUAACGAUUCACUGUUAUUUAGGCGUGUUCGCUCACGUAUUUAGUACAAUCGCGGUUGACACCUUUUAUUAUACUAUAGUGCAGCAUGCCUGCGGAAUGUUUUCAAUUGUUGGACAUAUGUUAAAGGAUAUUGGUAAAGAUUGUGACGCUAAUUUUCACAUGAAGCUGGACAAGAUAAAAGACGUCAAUUACCAUAAAGCAUUGGACUGUUUGCGUAGGCAUCUUCAUGUGAUAGAAUUCGCGGAAUUGAUCGAAUCUACAUUUACGAAUAUUUUCUUGAUCAGUAUUAGUUUAAAUAUGAUUGGUGGCAGUAUAUGCGGUAUACGAGUAGUGAUGAAUUUAAGCAAUGUGAGAGAUAUUGCAGCACCUCUGGCAGUCUACAUUGCACAACUCACUCAUCUUUUCUUGCAAUUUUGGCAAGCUCAAUUUUUGUUGGACUAUAGAUGCCAUGAAGGAGCAGCUAUGGACGAACAAGAAAGAAGGCUUGGACGGACAAGUGUCAAGCGACAGCUGAGCAACCAUGAGCAAAGAAGACGGCACAUCGACGAUACUGACACGGAGGUGAAUGGACGCGGGUAA